CAAAGCUUUUUUCAAAAUUCCCAUUGUUUCCAUUGUUUCAAAUGAAUUGAAGUAUGUUUGUAAAUUUUUGUUUGAAACUCAUAAUUUUUUGUUUUCUAUAUAAUAUGAAAAUCGGAUACAAUGUUCAAAAAAUAUGUUACGUGGAAACAAAACUUAUGCUCUACGUUAGAAUUUCUAACCAUCUUGUGAAUAAUACUUUGAUUGGCUUGAAAAUAAAGUUUGAACUAAAUUUAUCACUAAUUUUAGAUAACUAUAUUUUUAUUCUUGUCAUAAUUCAUUUUAUUUAUAAAACUCUUGAAUAAAUCUUCGGUACUAGUGGUCAGGACAUAUUGCAUGCAGUCUACUGCAUAUAAAUUGAUUCCACUUUCACUAAUUAUGAAAAUAUCUGUUACUUUUUCAGUCAGACAGCACGUUCCAUUCUGCUUAUAUAGACACGUCUCGUUAAACAACAAUUAAACUCAAGUGAUUUCUAGAAGACCAUGCGAUCUUUGGAAAUGACUGCGUCAUGGAAUGAAGAAGAUGAGGAUGUAGAAGUUGAAGACAUGGAACUCAGAAAGCACCCAAAUGACGGAAGAGAUGAUCUCACAGAAUCAAGCAGUGAUGAAGCAACUGAAAAAAAGAGACGAAAACAUGGAGGAAGCGCAUCUAGUGGCAGUGCCUCAAGUGGAACCACAAUUCGACGGCGGAAAACGUGCAUCAGUGCGAGAGAGAGAAAUUUAAGAAGACUGGAAAGUAAUGAAAGAGAGAGAAUGAGGAUGCAUUCGCUAAACGAUGCGUUUGAACAACUCAGAGAAGUCAUUCCACACAUUAAAAUGGAACGAAAACUAUCAAAAAUAGAAACUUUAACGUUAGCAAAAAAUUAUAUAAUGGCGUUAACUAACGUCAUUUGUGACAUGCGAGGGGAAGAGAAACAUUAUACAUUCGUCCAAGAUAUGGAAAGCGAUGGAGGUGAAAUGGAUUUAAAUAAUGGUUUAGAUGACACGUCGAGUACGGAGCCUAAUAACAACAACAUAUACCAACAAAAUUUAGAGGCCACUUCAGAUAAUCAUAUAUUAAACAAUCGUUAAAUGAUAGGAAAAAAAUGCGAAAAAACAUUCCGGUUGUGGAUUUGCCUGAUUGAGUGCGAUAAAUUUAUUGCUUUGUUUGAAUCAAACUACGAUGUUCACCUAAGGUUAAGAAUGUUUAACAAAAUAAGUAAGGGGUAAGAAAGCUUAAUAUUCAUCACAGAGAAUAUUCAUGUGCAGAAGGUUUGAAUUUGUGAACUACCUUGCAAAUUACAUGGAGACUACUCUAGUCGUUUUCAUUUUAUAUGUUUAUUAAUUUCAAUACAUAACCGUCAUUUCAAGUCGUCAUCAAAUAGUUAAUUCCCUCUCAGUAGCUUAUAACAGGAGUAGUAAAUUAUAUUUUCAAUUUACAAUACGAUUCAUGAAAUCAAAUUAAAAAACACAUAUGUGAGACUAUUAACGCAUUACAAACUGGACUAACACUAAAAUUCUGCUCCCAAUAUUCAUGCACAAUCAUUUAAAGAACACGGGCCUUUUAAACCUCUAAAAGAAACGGCACUAUAUGCAAAGACGAUCCAAAUUGUAGAAUAGAAUUCUACAAAAAAAUGAUGAAUAAACAGAAAUGGAGUAGCUAUAAAUGCACUCCUUUUUUCUUAUGAAUCAAUAACAAUGAACAGUUGAGAUAAAAGAGCAAAACUAUAAUAUUAGUCACUGGAUGUUAAAGACUUAUAAUUAAUAUCCUUAAAAGGAUAUGUGGCUAUUAUCAGUUAUAAUAUUAUUUGACCUGUAUUUAUAGAUAGAAAUUUGACAAGCAAAAAAGUUGUCACUAAACUGGCCAACCUAUUUCCCAAUGCAAUAGAUCCCAACGUCACAAAUUAAAAAUUUCAACAGAAAUAAGGCAAAACCUAAUGAUUUCAUGAGGACAACUUAUCUAAAUUUCAUUAUCCGUAGAAUAAAUAUAUAAACAGUUUUAAUCCGUGGUUUCCAAUCUCUAUGGUCAAUUUUUAAAGAAGUAGGUUUAUAACUAUAUACAAUUGUCAACAUAAACAUAUCAUUAUUAUAUAAAUUACAAUACAAAAAGAAAAUUGGGGGUGAUUAUAAGUUUAUCUUCAAUUACUGAAAGAUUUUGGAAGCGAAUAGUAGGUUGAUGAAAGUUAUUUUUUGAAAUAGUUCAAAUAAAGCCGUUGUAGAGUUUGAUAUGAUAGGUUAUCUAAAAAAAAUUAUCUCGAGUUUUAAUGAAUAUAGUAUUGGUGGUGAUAUAUUAAGAAACACUUUUCCUUUUGAAACAACUUGAUGUACACUUCUGUUAUCUGGAAAAGCAUACACUACGUAAAUCAGAGUUUCUACUCAACAUACCUGUCAUUUUCAGCGACAGAUAAUUCAAUAAUUAAAUUGAGUUUAGUUGAUUAAAAGUGUAUUUAAAGCCUCCUCGGUUAAAUUAAAUUCAGAAAGAUGCCAUUAUUACCAAAUUGGCAAGAGUGGCAACUUAUCAAGGUCUUAAUGCGAGGAACGGAGCCAGAAUGAAGAAGCUAUGUACUUAAUAUUGGUAAACAUGGCAAGUAAAUUUACACAGCUAAAAAAUUGCAAAAAUCUGUCCCAAGACUUCUAUGCUAUUUCAAGGACGUUUCCAAGAUGGCAUUUGAGGUGACAUUUUUGUGAAGACAGUUUUGUUAUUCAAAUGAUGUGAUAUUUGUUCACUAUAGAGGAUAUAUUGAAAUUUUAGUGGGAACUCUCUUUGCUCCGAUCGAUCUUUCAUCGCAAAAGUUUGUAACUGGUCGAGGUAGAUGCAUAUCUGAGCUUCUCUAAUGUACUGAGCAUCAAACAUUUAUAGUCUCAAACAUUAUAUUAUACAAUUUAUAGUGGGAUUGGGAUGUUAUAUAACUUUAAAUUCUGAAACCUCGUCAAACAGUUGAUCUAGUACUAUACUUUAAACGAGUGAUCAGAUUACAGUUGAAAAAUUCGAAGAAGCAAUCUGAUUUGGUCAAUAGCACUUUGUAUUCCAGCACUACAACACCAGGUCACAUAUAUCUUUGAUAACUUGCUAAGAAUUGAUUAAACUUGGUUGUAGAGAAAAAUAUUUCCACCGACUAUAUUAUUUGUGUGGUUUCACAAAGCUUUUUGACGGAAAAAAGUGGACGUCGAAAUUUCUGUCGCCAAUAUUUUUGCCAUUAUAUCAUAGGUAUUCGACACAUAUAAUUACGAAACUGGCAGAAUAACAACAAAAUUUCAAGGAUAACAAUUACAUACGUGUACUUAAAUAGCAUAGAUUUUCAGUAAACAUAAAUUGUACCCAAAUUUUUAAUCAAGAAUCGAAUAAUACUUUAAGAUUACCCUAUAUUCGAGUAUGCACUUAUAAGCUGUUGCUACCACAAUAACGAGAAACUAUAAAAGAUAAUUGUCAUACAUAAAAAAAUUAAUUUGUUCAUAGUUUUACAGAAAUAACAAAAAUAAUAUUUAAUCUAUAACGAUUAUAGUAAUUGCAUUUAAUUAUUACCGAAUGACGUAUUACAAAACUGCCAAAUAAUAGCGUCAACUAUGGAACUAAAAACCAAAUACAUUAGCAAAUAAAUGUGGGAAAAUAUUUUCAUAGCUACUUAUCACAGAAAACUACAGAAAUGUCAAAUAUUAUAUACAACUUUCACCCAAAAUCUAUGUAACCAAUUGUUACUCUAUUUCAUAUAUUCUAAUAAAAGAAAAGCGAAUGAAGAAUUAAAUUUUCCUCUCUGUUGGUUUCACGUAACCCUGAAGAUAAGAAUUGGUGACGAAGUAUUUUCCCAGCAGGAGUUUGAAUUUUUACAUAAAUGAAACUUUAUAUAACUUAUUAUAUAUUUAUUAAUUAUUAAUGGGUACUAAGUAAUUUUAAAAUACAGAUACUACUGAUUUAGUGAAACUGAAUGCAUAAUUCUUUACAAAUAAGAUUAGCAAAAACAGGUAUCCUAGAAAUUAGCUUAAAUCACUUCAAAUUAACGAUUUCGACGUAUUAAUUAAAGAAUUAUCCUAGUGCAUCAAGAUUUAUGAACGGCGAUUGAAUUAAUUUGGAUCUACAAUAUUAAAAUCUUGAAAUUGAAUCCGUAAAGUGAAAUAUCAAUGAGGACAGUGCAAGAUUUAUAUAAUUCUUAUAAGCAAAUUAUUAUAAGAUCGUAAUUAACAAAUCAGCUUUUACAAUAUAGAAUCUAAUACUUACUGGAACACAGUAUUCACAAAAAAAAUGUUCUUUGUUAAAUAUUUUUCGUGGUGUACAUAGAAUCAUUAAUCCGCUUAAGUACAGAUAUGAAAAAGGUCUUUUAUAAAGAUGAAGAGUCUAUAUUUUAUCAAAAGAUUAGAAUAUUAUUUUCCCUUAGAGACUAUUAAAGGACCACAAUUAUAACAGGGAAUAAUCGUCGACAGAAAAGUAUCAAACUUUCCAAUUAUUAUUUAAUACUGCAUCUGUCUAGAUUAAUAUCUUUGAAAAACUUAAAAAUUUAUAAGUAACGUGGUCGUCGUAUUUAAACAAUCAGUGCUGGGUAAAUUAAAAGAAUAUUCUUCUUUUUCUUUCUUCCAUAAUAGGUCUACGCCUGUGCGUUCUUUGAUUUCUUUCCUCAUUCUGGUUCUAGAUCAACAGUCCACCUCUUCCGUGGUCGACCUCUACUCCAUCUUCAAAUAGGAGAUUUAUCUAUUGCUAUUUUCACCAGUCUAUCGUCUCUCAUUAGACUUGGAAGUUGGUUUCAUUGUUUUUUACUUUGUGAUACUCAUUCGUUAAUAUUAUAUACGGUCUAAUUCUCGGUCUAAUAGUGUUUUUCCCGACAUUCGCUUGAGAACACGUUCUGAAAACAGCCCACGUCCUCAUUUGCUCUAGCUACUUGUCCUCUUCCCUCGACUUUUACGUUCCCAUAACUAGUUAUGUCAAUUCCAAGGUACAUGUGUCUCAUUCUCUUGUAGUAUUUGACCUUUUAGCUCUAAUUUGCAUCUAAUGGGGUCUUUUAAUGUUCUCAUGCAUAUGGUUCUUUCAGUCGAGAUAGUCAUAUUAUACUGUUUUCCUGUGAGAUUAAUUAUAUUUAAUAAUCUUCCGAGUCAUCGGCAUAGCACAAGAUUUUGUUUUCUCUGUCACACAUUAAGUAACAUUUGCCUACCCGCCCCUUUUUUAUGAUUUUAUCCAUUAUAUUUAAUAACUUGGAGCUAAUGGAGUCUCCUUUUCUGAGAUCGCUAUUGACUGGUAUGGGUUUUGUUUGUUUGCCAUUAAUGCCACUGUCCAUAGUGGUUUUUGGAUUAUUUUGAUUUAUUUCGAAUAAUCAAUUUGUAUAUGUUGUAAGCUUUUGGUGUUUGUUACUUUCUAUCAUCUAUUCUAAUACAAUCAAUUUCGAAUACCUUCGUGGAAAUUAGUUAACAAAUAUUGCUCAUAACUAACUCAAACCAAUAGAAAUAAGGCAACUAUUUGCUCAUUACUAAUUAUUUUUACAUAAUUAUAGAAUUAUUCCUUAGAGGAAAACGUCAAUUUUGAUUUAAUCAGUUUUUAUAGAAUCAUUUACAAUUUAGCAUAUUUAUAGAAUAGAAACAACUAUGUCAAUUUUGUCAUGUUACAGAAUGUACUUAAUCGAAUUUCGUGUAUUUUAAUAUGAUUCGAACAUCUGCACAAGCUUUCUUACGGUACGUUUAAAGCAAUUGUGAUUAUUAUGCUUCCAUGUGUUAGUGUCAAAUAGUUUUUGUACAUAGGUAGUUCAAAUUUCCAUGUGUGUACACUUAGUGAUACUAAAAAUACUAAAGAACCUUGAACCACUUUAUCAGAUUAUUCCUCUUCCAAAUUCAACAAAAGACCUCUGAAGUUCGUAUGAAAAGCCCUAUUAUGCGAAAACAUACGAAUACAUAUCGUACAUGGUUAUCUGGGAGUGAUUCCACAUUUAGGUGACUAAACGUACGAAAAUUUAGUACCGUACACAUAGUGGCAGCUCACGAUUUGUUUUUGUUAGAAAAUCCUCUUUUAAGAAGACGAUUACGCCUUGGAAGAAGAAUAAAUGUAACUAAUUUAUCCCAAGCUUUCCCAGGAUUGGACUAUUUCUACAAACAAGUGACCAGUGUGCGAGAAGCUUUAUAGUUUCACACAAGAAAACCAAAACAUUCAUCAGAACACAUCUCUGGAAUUGUUUGUUAUCGCCGAAUCUUUUUUAUAUCUUCUAUCAAUCAACGAUUUAAAACGAAUGUCUUAAGUUAUAAUUUCAAUUAAAAAAACGAGGUUAUAGUAAAAGAAUUUGCGAGUUAGUUUGUUGAGGUAUUUGGGUAAAUAUUAACGAAAAUCAAAAGAAUCCUUUACCAUAUGUACUUCAUGGUUGAGAGUCGAAUUCUUUCAUAACUUAUUCAUAUUGAAUGCUGAUUUUAUUUCUUUUCUCUACUCUCUUAUCCUUGUAUGGGUACAUUGAUUUAUGAUUAUUUUAAUAUUCACACGUACCUUAUUAAAAACUGAAACUUUUGACUAUAAUAUCACCUUUUACUAGCAUCGUUGAAAUACUUAUAGCAAAGCUUUCAUAAAUUCACUUCUAUAGCGUCCGCCGUUAAAGCUUGCAUUCUACAUGAACCAAUUAUAUCUAAUGCCUUCAGGGGAUCGUAACAAAUAGGAAGAGCAAAUAAAUUUUGUGUUCUUUGAGCACAUGAUAUUAUUCAUAUUUGAUUGUUUUGUUUUCCUCUUGGCAACAUUCAGAGUGGAUGGAGAAGAAUGGACCAAACAACAAACUAUAAAUAAUGUAAAUCAAUUCAUAUAUUUUCAUAUAAUUUUCAUUUUAUUUCAGGUAAAACAAAAUAUCAUACAUAAAAAUUUGUUGUUCUUUGAAUAAAUUAUCAAAAAUGUAUCCAUUGGCCUUCAAAAAUUUUCUGCGUCGUCAACAAGAGCGCCUGCUCCUAACCUCUGCCUUGUUGAAUAUCGGCUGUAGUAAUUCGAAAACUUCGAAUUAGUGCCCAUCAAACAUGCAUAAAAAAUAAUCUAAAGGUGUAAGAUCUAAAUCUUGGAUUCCAAUUAAUAGGACCAUUCCAACCAAUACAACGCCUUGGAAAAAACAAACCUGACGAGCAAUUCUAUUCUAUUGUUUAUAGGAACAACCUCUAGUAGUUCUUCUAAUUCGUUUAAUAGAAAUUGGAACUACUGGAAUCUUGUGAAAUUAACGAAACGAUUUGUAGAGCUUGUCACAGCAACUAGCGCUCUGUGUGGGUGAAGUUAUUAAAAAAACACUACUAUUAACACAAUGUUAAGAUAUGAAUUUUGAGCUAUGACUUUGAAACAAAUAGAAUCGAAUAAAAUUAUAUGAUUUUUUAUAUGUUAUUUUCAAAUUCUUAAGUAUAUGAUACUAUCUUAUAGUUUAAUCUUUUUCUUUCCACUUGCCAAAUAUAUAUACAAAUAAUAUGUCAAAGCAUUUUAGAUUAUAUUUAUAAAUAUAUGAUGGGUUCAAUAUUCUAUAAAUGGAGAACAAACGCGGUGGGUGGUUAUUAAGUCCAAAGGUGGGCGACAUAAGGAACAUCUAAUAUUCUGCCUUUGUGAAUUUACUGAUCUAAUUCGUAUUAUUUGAAUGGACAUUUCAAAGUAUUAUAUAGAAUAUCACCGAUAUGAUAUGGCCGAUAAGAAAUAGAAUAAGAACAGUGGAAUUGGAUUAAAUGAGAAGGUGCCACAAGUCACCGCCAUAUUAGAACUACAGAACCACUAAAUAGUAUUGUAAUAAUAUAGUCACGUCCAAAUAAUGUUAAAGCAAAACGAAUACUGGAAUGACAGCUUCCAGGUAGGAAACGUAGAGGGCGUCCAACUUUAAGAUAGAAAACAUACAUUGGAUGUGGGAUUCCCAUAUAUAUAAUACUUCUAUAUGGACAAACAGUCAAUAUAAAUAAUUUUAUUUAUUAUUUUGUACGUACCAUUAGACAUAUAAGUAAUAUGGACAGUUUCUAUAAGUGAAAGCUGUUCCGACUGAGGAAGACAGAAUGAAAACGAUUUCUCUAUCCUCCGAGGCUUCAGCUCGGUUCUACGCAUUCUUAAGCAAGCGUCGAAACAAUUUUUUUAAGAAAUUGAGUUUAUAGUUUAUUUUCAACAUUUCCAUGUAGAAAUAUUAGGAAUAGCCUCUAUGAAAAUUUACUAGUAAAAAUAUUUCUUUAAAUUCACGAUAAAUCUACUAUAUAAAUAUAAUGUAAUUCAGAAAGGGAACUGGUAAUUUUUAAUUCUUUUUCCACAGUAGAGAUCCAUUUACAAAGCAUUUGAACAUUCUUUUAGAGAAAAAAAAAUAAAACUAAUUACUUCUAUAUCACACUGGAGGGAUCAAAAUAAUAUUUUUCAAAUAUUAUAUUGUAUUAAUCAUUUAAUUUUAUUAUAUAAAAUUUAUCCAUUUAUAUAGUUAGAAAUGGUUAAUAUUAUUUUUUUGGUGCUUUCAAUGAAGCCACUUUUCUCAAGUUCUCACUUGCCUUUCGCCCAUUAAAUAUAUAUAAAUAUAUUUAAAUAAUAAAUAAAUAAUUCCAACAAAAUAAAUUAAUUUAAUUUUACGUUGACGAGCGAGGGGAGCUAGUCCUAAUUUACGUGUAAUAAUAAUAAUAAUAAUAAUAAUAAUAAUAAUAAUAAUAAUAAUAAUAAUAAUAAUAAUAAUAAUAAUAAUAAUACCAUUGGUACUUUCUGAAUGGAAUGGAAAAUGGAAAAAAAGAAAAAUAUGAUCUAAAUCUUCUAUUGUGUACAUUAUGGAGGGUAGAGGUAAGGAGAACCGUCUUGUAUGGGGUAUUAGUUGAAAAGUGUCCACCUGCAACCAGCAAAUUAUAAUACGAAAACUCGCCAAAAUAGCGCUAGUGGAAAUGAUAUGGAUUUAGCAGUCAUAUAUUUUAUGUGCAAUUUUCGAAUUUUAUUAAUAGUUUCUUUGACAUAGUUAUGACUUUCAAAAAAAAAUUUAAUUUACUAUCCUACUCUAAUAGUUUGUAGUGCUCUUUUUAAAUUUCUUCCACUUGCUACUAUAGCGCCACCUUAAUUUACUUCCUUUCACACUUUUGGAUACGCCGAGAUGAUUCCUCCAUAGUGUAUAUAAAUAAUGUGAAAUAUCAAAUACCAUUCCGACCCCUUGCAUCUAUAUUUCGUGCUUCCAUUCUUCUAGUGACUUGAUUUUAAACCAGUGACUAAAAAGUACAACUUCAGAAUCUUCUUUUUCUUUAAAUGAACAAUGAAAAUGAAAAAAUCACUAAUUUUGAAACAUACAUUUUUCCCGCCUCAUGUCUAAAUUUUCGAGCGAUAUUCAUUGGUACAUGUAAAACAUAAUCAGUUAAUGUUUUUUGAAAAUAAUUGUCAAAUCGUCUUAAUAAAUGACAAUUGACCAAUCUUAAUUUAGAAUUAAACAUUUUUAUUUAUUAUAUUUCUAUUGUUAUUUUUGAGAAAAUACAGUGGAAAAGAAUCUGCCUAAUUAAUUCGUACUUAAAAGGCAUGUCGAAUAAUAUUUGUUUAUAAUAAACCCAAAUAUUUGUACGUAUACAACAAACUAUAAUAAUUGAGGUUCUUUGAUAUGUUUAGUACCAUGGAAACAAUGUACAUCUUCUUCGCUUAAAAUUUAUUUAUUAAAUAAUAAUCUAUUCCUAAAAUUUAUUUUUAUAUUAGCUUAUAAGUGAUAAGAUGUUAUAAACGGUUAUAAAGAGAUUAUAUAUUAUACAUGUUUUCAUAUAAAGUUUAAUAUAUAAAAAUAAUUGUUAAGUAAACUUAUUGUGGACAAGUUACCGUAUUGAGGAGUAUUAGAUACUCUUUUCAUGUAUGCUCAAAGUAAAGAAAACAAACAAUGAUUGAAAGUGGUAAGAAAAUGUUGCGUUAUUAAGACUGUACCUACAUUAGUAUUAUAACAUCACUAAAAUGUAGAAACUCUGUAAAUUGUAUAUACCCUAAUGUAUAUGUCUAUGAACUGGCUGAUUCGCUACAAUCUAUAUUUUUAAUUAUUUUACCUGUUCAGUGGUUCAUUACGGUACAUUUUUAUAUAAAAACCAGCCAUUUACUACUAUCAAAUAAAUAUAAUUCAUAUAUAUUCUCUCAAAUUGUUCAUCAUAUUUCUUUAGUUUAAACUACAAAUUAUAAAAUGUGAAAUAGAAAACAUCUUAUUGGGACAAAAAAACAACUAAAUUUUUUACCACCUCCAUUUCGUGAUUGUUAACUAAAUUAAAAAAUCGUCUUAAGCCUUUUUGGAAUAUUUUUUUAAGCCUGCUACAACGGACUUUCCUUAUUCUUCUUGUAUAAUAUCCAUUAUCGGACAUAUCACCUGUGUUGUACUACUAUUUAUCAUAAAUAUAAGGGACAGUUUAAUGUCGGACCAGAACGUUCAUGUGUAGAAGCUUUGCCUGCAUUAUACUGUCGGUAGUUGGCUUUCAGAUUUUAGAUGUCCGGACACGGGGACACCUAAACCGGGCCGCCCCAGUAAAGGCCAGGACACACCUAUCAUGCAUCCUUCCGAUCCGGCUACGAUCAUACAGAAGGACAAGUAUCUAGGAAAUGAUACUAGAAUUUGAACAGCGUAGCUCAUACCUCCCCGAUCCCACUCUCACACGACUCGAAUCAUGCAUCCGAUCCUGAAGUCUAUUCGUUUAACUGCUGCAGGAGGCCUGUCGGUUGAAAUCUGUAAUAAUAUUUUUGAGUUUUUACAGUGUUUGUUUUUUUGCUAAAUUGGCAAUAAUGUCGUAUAUAAAACCAGAAGAAGGUAUUUAAAGAAGUUAGUUGUAUCCAGUACUAUAUGACCAGGCAUAUAAUCACGCCGACUACAAAGACAUGAUCUGUAAAAAAGUUACGAAGAAAUCAAAGGUCAAAGGUACACUACAGAUUAAAAUAUAAUACUCACUUAUUACAUACAAAGUAGAGGAAGUACAUUACAUAUCUAUAAUAAAUCAGGAUGAUAAAAGAAAAUAAGAAUGUACCCAAAAUCUGCGUUUUCUUCUGUUCUCCAUAAAAUGUCUCUGGUUUUCUUCAUCUUCAUCUUCUAAACAAAGUGCCAUCAUGAGUGAAUCGCAGUUACUGAAAUUUUUGCGCCCAGAACCUUUGAAUCGAUAUGGACUAGAGUAGCAAAUGUAACGAGCUCGAGCUGGAAAUCAGAAAGAACUCGGAAGCGUAUAUCAGACCGGAGUCGGAUCGAAGUGGUGUAUGACAAGUCUUAGAAGACAAACCAUCAUCCUACUAUACUUUGUAGAUUGGUUAGUCUUGUCAACUGUAUUUUUGACUUUAUAAACUUGACAGAAACAAAAAUGGAAACUGAGCGUAUUAUAAAAAUCAUUUUGGCAGUGUAAUACUAUAUGAGAUCGUUCAGUUGUUUCCAAUUGAAAGUUAUCAAAUCUACUUCAAACCUACUGCCGAAUAGGAUAAAAUUAUAUGAACUUCAUCCAACGAUAUUAUUGUAUAUUCCCAAAACUAAGAAAAACUGCUAAAUAAUGAUGAUUUCCUCCCAAGGGGUUCCUUUUAGAAUCUAUAUAAGUAUUUAUCCAUUUGACUCUAUUGUUUCUUUUUAUGUCGUAAUUUCAACUUGACGGUCGUGAACCACUUCUUUUUCCUUUCUUUUUCUUCUUUGUCCUUCUUUUUUCCUAUGCUGUUCACUGUUUAACUUGUGUUUUAGAUAAAAAAAGCUCUCUAUUUAUUACCAGGUAUUAAAUGAAGGUUACUUAUAUGCAUCUCCCAUUACCUUUUAAGUUUAAGGCUCCGGAUUUUCCAUAAUGGAACUAUCUUUCCCUAUUAUGUUAAUCACCAAAUCAUCAAUCUUAUUCAAUUUACACCCCAUACCUUCUUUAGUACCGGCCUCAAUUUUGUUUGCAGUUAAUUAUGAUGAAUGAUGAUUUACCAGACGAACGCUAUCCAUAUUGACUACCACAUCACUAAUUCAUUUGUGAAGGUUUUGAGCCAAAUGUUCGCGGUUGCGUACACGAGACCGACUCUAUAUUGAGGCACUUAUUCUAAACUGGAUGUUUAAGAAUGGAUUUCUUUCACAAACGGAUGCCAAAAUAGGCAAGAUACAUUUUUUUCGUCCCAUAUAGGUUUCUCCGUUUUCUGUCAAUGUGUAUUCGCCACACACAUGAGAAAUCAUCUCGGAAUCAACUACACAGCUGCGGCUACUUGUGGGUGACAUUGUUUUGGUUGAAUUUUUUUCAUACUAUAUGGAACGACGUUUACAAAAAAUGAUAAUCCAACUUCAGUUGCGAAAACAAUAAAAUAGUAGGGGAUUUAAAAUGAAGACGAUUUAUUGAGAUAACCAACCAAGAAUGUCUAAAUAAAAAGUUUAAGAAAUUAAAAUACUAAGUCAACGGGGUCCAAUCGUCGAAAGCAAUUCCAAGAAUAUAAUGAGUAGUUUAGAGCAUGGGAUCGAGUACAUCGGGUUAACCUAAUAAAAAUAAUGAAAGGAAAUCAUUAUUUUGGCCGUUGAAGAUGUAUUCUUUUAUUUUUGACUAGUAUUAUAACUAAAGUCAAUUAACCUGUAAACCUUUGGGUAAUUUUACCAUCCGCGUAUUUUAACAUUUAAAAUCAGUUGCAGAAUUACCGCGGUAAAACUUUCUAGAAAAACUAUUGGAUAUAUAAAUUUGUUUGUACCAAUUAAGAUGUUACAUAAAAAUUACCAAUGACUUUCAGAUAAUGAAUGAACAAGUGCAAAAGUUUUCAGUAUUAUCUUAUCCUGAUUUUGUAUAAUUCAUCUAUAAGUGGAAAUACAUGACCUGUGUUGAAUAGUUAAUUAAAUGAUACCAAUAAUUGAAAAUAUGGUUGUAAUGUUAUAUUUGAAACACAGAAUAAAGAAACAAGGAAAAUUAAUUAGAUAUUUUUUAUGUAUACAUAGUUUAUCUUCAACACUGAAACAAUAAUGUAAUUGAUUUAGGCUACAAAAGGUGUCAAUUUCAUAUAUAACAGUCGAGAUAAACUGUGGCACAUACGGUUUUUUAUAUAAAAAUGUUCUAAAUAUUUAAAAUCAAAGUAUAAAUACAGAUGUACAGUAUUUUCUGAUCUUUGGUAACAUUAUAAAUCAAUAUAACUCGACCACACAAAUUAAAUGAAGAUAUAUCAGUCGUUUUUUGGGAAAUAUAAGUUCCAAAACGCAAAUUGUGAUAGUAGUAAACUUGCACAAGUUUUUUAGUUUAUAAAAUAUUUUAUAUAUAUUUUAUGACGUAUAUGUAUAAACGAUUGUGUAUUCUUGUAACAGAAAUUUAUCGAAAAGAUUUAAAUUGUAAGUUCUAUCAAAAUAUAUAUAUAGAAAAUAAGAAGCAU